AUGCAAGCAAGUUUAUUGACAAUUUAUUGUCUGUUCUUUUUCAUUGCCGUAAAAGUUGUGAAUGCCCAAACGUGCACAGCCUCUUCUUUGAUCUCCAAUUUUACAUCCAGUCAAGCUUUAUCCGUACGAUGCCAAGUUGGUUAUGCUGCUGACACUCAUCAAUUACAAUGUAGACCUUACGAUGUUGUCUUUAAUGAAAAUUAUGGUAAGCCAUGUAAUUUCACAAGUGAAUGUUUAUUGUCAUUUGUGUGUAGUGAUCUAUCAAAGAUUUGUGUUCCUUCCAAAUCAAGAAAACUUGGGGAGCCAUGUCUUGCAAGAGAAAGCUGUGUUGCUGACCUCGCUUGUGCCAAUGGGAUAUGUGCACCACUUGUUGAUAGUUAUGAAAAGAAAUUAGGAGAAAAAUGUAGAUACUCUGACUAUACAACUAACAAGUAUUACUACUGUGCAAGCCCAAAUAAGUGUGACUACACAACCUAUCCUAAUUACUAUUGUUUUGAGAAUGUUUACAAUGGUGUUGGAGGUUUUUGUGGUAUCAAUGAAACCUCUUUCCAAUUUGUUCUUUGUAAUCCUGGGUCUCUUUGCAAUUCUAAAACUCAAAAGUGUGUCACAACCUAUUACAAUGCAACACUUGGUGAUGCAUGCAAUACGUUCACAACAGAUUCCUUCAUUGAUUGUAAAUCUCCAUUCUAUUGUGAUGCUGGAAAAUGCUUUGCUUCAGCAUUUGUUGGAGCUGGUGAGUCAUGCAAUUACAAAAAUACUACUUCAUAUAUCAUGAAUUAUUGCAAUAGUAAUUUCUUUUGUGGUCCAGGAUCAAAGUGUGCAACAUCAAUUUCAUCUCCGUUGGGUGGUUAUUGUGGACUGAAUGGUACUGAUUACUACUCUUGUGCUUCUGGUACUGCUUCUUGUUAUAUUGAUAAGUGUGUUCCAAAUGUUAAGUCGAACGUUGGUGGAUUGUGUGAAAUUGUAAACUCUACAGGAUCAUUUUCUUGUAACUCUUCAUUAUAUUGUUUCAAUAAUACUUGUAUGGAAAAGGGUAAUUUGGGUCAAAGUUGUGAACACAAUACUAAUUCAUGCAACUUGGGUUUAGUUUGUAGAUCUGUGCUUCUUGGGAGUAGUCCAAGAACAUGUGAAAAUCCUGGCAAGAAAUAUGAUAAUUGUACAUCAGUAUCUGAUUGCCAAAGAGAAUUAUUUUGCAAAAGAUCUAAGUGUACUAACCUGAAUGGAGAUCCUGUUGGAUCGACAUGUACUUUCCACUCUGAUUGUGAUUCUGGAUUAUGCUUGAAUAACAUCUGCUCAUUGAAUUACAAUGAAACUACAUGUUCAAGUGACACAAUUUGUUCGAAUUAUGAGUCCAAGUGUUCGUGUGGUUCAGGGAAGUCAACAUCAAACAGUUCAGGAAAAUGUGCUAGUCUGAAGAGAUGUAACGCUCUCCAAAGCAAUAUCAAUGUCUGUCUUGGUAACAAUGCAAGAGGUCCUCUUUUGACAACCAUCUUUGACAAGUACAGUUCUGUUCACAAGGCAUGCGCCAAAGAAUUCUCUCAAUAUUAUUCAUGCUUAAGAAUUGGAUUGACCAAUGCAGGAAAUGUUCCUGCUUUACCCAUUUCUGGUUUAGAUAUUAAUGCAGAUUUCGAUAUUGACCCAGCUCCUACCAAGUUUUACAAGUGUGGUGCUACCAUUAGUUUAGGUACUAAUACAUGCUCAGGAAAUGGUGAUUGCGUUGCUGAUGAAGUGUGUAAAUGCUACUCUGGGUACUUUGGAUCAUAUUGCCAAAGUAAAGUUAUUCCAAAGCCAUCAAAUCCAAUUGUACCAAACAAGUCCCUAGGUAAUAAUAAUGGAGGAGGAAGUAAUAGAAAUGAAACUAAUCCUACUUCAGGAUUUGCUGCAAAUAAUUCGAAAGAAAAUCUAUUGCUGCUUACCUUUAACAUGAUCAUCUUGUUUCUGGGUAUCAGUUUCCAAUAA